GGAUUCGUUUCUGUGUCCUCCUCCAUUUCUUAACUUGCAUAACUAAUGAACAUUAAAUCCUUGAUAACUUAGCCAGAAAGGCUGACUGCUUCCAUUUUUACACAUGCUAGGCUAACAAAAUAACGGGACAACAUAGUGAAUGUAACUACGGCGGGUUUGAACAUAGUAUUUGCAAACAAAUAUCAUGUUGGAGAUGCUUGAGUACAGUCACUACCAGGUGCAAUCCCAUCUCGAAAAUCCCAACAAGUACCACAUCCAGCAGAACCAAAGGCAGCAGGUGAGACAGUAUCUGUCAAGCACCCUGGGAGGCAAAGCUGGCGCCCAGUGCCCCAGCCAGCCCCCCGAACACGGCAUGCCACCCGGGUCUGCCAGCAGCGCCCCCAACAGUCCCAUGGCUCAUCUCACCCUCACCUCUAACUGUGAGAAAGAGGUACGCGUAACAAAGAUGGAUGAAGUUAUUGAUGACAUCAUCAGCAUGGAGACAAGUUACAACGAGGAUGUUCUUGGACUUAUGGAUCAAGGACUUCAGCUCAACACCACACUACCUGGUAAUCUUCUGGAAGUAUACGGUAACCAAGGACUUCCCCUGCAAGGCCUAGCCAUCAGCAACUCCUGCCCACCAAACACCAAAAGGGCAUACUCAGCUCCUGGCAUGAAACAAGUACUGAGCAAACCUGGAACCUGUGGCCCGUAUGAAAACUACCAAAGAUCAGAUGGAUUUCCAGUAGAGGCUGAGGUUCGUGCUCUGGCUAAAGAACGACAGAAAAAGGACAAUCACAACUUGAUUGAACGAAGACGAAGAUUCAAUAUCAACGAUCGCAUAAAAGAACUUGGAACUUUAAUACCAAAGUCAAAUGAUCCAGAUAUGCGCUGGAAUAAGGGCACCAUUCUAAAAGCUUCAGUUGACUACAUACGCAAACUGCAGCGGGAGCAACAGAGGACCAAAGAGCUCGAGUGCAGACAGCGGAAGCUGGAGCAUACAAAUCGUCACCUGAUGCUUCGAAUCCAGGAGUUGGAGAUUCAAGCCCGCGCUCACGGUCUCACCAUUGUCUCAUCCCCGUCAGUCUGCACAUCAGAGAUGAUGGGCCGGGUCAUAAAACAGGAACCCAUCCUGGAUGACUCCCCCACGGAUCUCUACCAUCACGCCUCGGCUCCUGACAUGUCCCCUCCGACAACACUGGACCUCAACAAUGGCACCAUUACCUUUGACCCCAUUCCCAGUGACGAUCCUGGCCCCUACGCAAACCCCAGGACCUGUAAAAUGAAGGAAUUGGUCAGGGACAAUACGUUGUCACCAAUCUCCCCGAGCGUCACUUUGCUCUCAUCAAUGUCUCCAGAUGGCUCAGUUAAUGUCCACCACAGUUCUAGUUCUAGAAUGGAGGACAAGGAGUGCCCCUGUUAGUUUAGCCUUUGUUCAUAAACAAUUUCCACGGUCUUUUUCCGUUGUAAAUACCGCGGUUCCUUUUAGAGCACCAAAAUGGAACACUACUGCCAUUCAGCAAGCAGGUUUGAGCUACAGCUACGGCCUUUCUGUGCCUACUCUCCGGAUACUUUGAGGACUCUUCAGUACAAUACGAACGGUGAAAUUAAGCGCUGUGCACAGACUUUAUAGGUCUUUGCUUUCGUGGGACACAAAAACUAAUUUGGCAGCAGCGUCUGAGUCAUGUGGAGAAGAUCAGACCAGUGGUCAAGAAAAUUACAAAAUAGAUCUUGAGAUGUCUAUAACCUUAUUCGAUCCAUACUUGAAUCUAAUGUCAACAAAAAAUGUCUAUAUGUUCGUGUGCAUGUUUUUCUCGUUUGUAGCCUUAACCAUGCAACAAAAGAAGCCCGGCUGGUCUACAGUACAGCUGGAACGUUCUACUUGGUGUAAGUUGUGCUUUGAGCCUGAAGAUGGCAGCCUACUAAAGGAAAAUUUCGACAA